GCGGCAGUGGAGCGGCCGGUGCAGACGCCGCGCCGGCCGCCGCCGCCAGUCGGCGCUGAGCGGCGCUCGCCGGCGGACCGGACCCCGGUGCGCUGCCAUGGCCGGCUGGUGGUGGCGCCUGCUGCUCGGUGCGCUGGCGGCAGCGGCGGCGCGCGCGCCACUGCCCUCCUGUCCACCGGCGGACGUGGCGUUCGAGCUGUGGACGGGCUUUGUGUAUAGCGCGCCGGCAGACCUGCUGGACACGCGGCCCGGCACGCUGCUGCUCGACCAGUGCGCGCAGCUGUGCGCCGAGACCGCCGCCUGCCGCGCUCUCAACUACGAGACCGGACUGUGCGUGCUCUUCUCCUCCAGCGCCGAGCAGUUCCCAGGCUCGGUGACCCGCUCCCAGUACCCCGUGUUCACGCUCUACCUACAGAAGAUGUGCCUGAGUGGCGCGGCAGACGCCUGCCGGCGGCCCUGGGCCUUCGAGCGCGUGCCGGGCCACCAGCUGAGUGGCUACUCGCGUCGCCGCGUCGGCGCCAGCUCCGGCCGACACUGCCUGCAGCUCUGCCUGCACGAGCGCACAUUCCCCUGCAGGUCGGCCAGUUUCCGCGCCGCCUCCGGAGAGUGCUCGCUGAGCGAGCUGGACCGGUUCUCGGCCGGCCCCGGCGACUCGCUCGUCGCUGACCCCAGCGCCGACUACUACGAGUCCAACUGUGUCAGCGACCCGGUGCGCAUCUGCGAGUUCCAGCCCAUCCCGGACAAAAUCCUGAAGACAGUCGACGUCGUGUUCCAGGAGGUGGCCAGUCGGGACGACUGCCAGCGGCUCUGCCUGGGCGCCAAUUUCCGCUGUCACACGUUCGACUAUGGCGACACGGGUGCGGGCGUGUGCCGGCUCAGCCACCACGGCCAGGCGUCUCUGGCGCACGUGCGCGAGCCCUACCUGGAGAUACCGGGCGCCACCAGCUACGAGCGCCAGAGCUGCUACAACGUGACGCUGCAGUGUGCCGGCGACCACAUGACGGCCACCGUCCACACCAGCCGCGUCUUCAACGGAAAGAUUUACGCUCGGAACAGUCCCAACUCGUGCGUGCUGGACGUGCACCAUCAGAUGGCCGUCAGCUUCCGGCUGGGGUACCAGGACCUGAGCUGCGACGUGCGCCAAGACCCAUCGGGAGUGUUCACUUCGGACAUCGUCAUACAGCACCAUGACCAGAUCGUGACCUCGUCGGACGUGGGCCUGUCGCUGCGCUGCCUGUACCAGCUCGGGGAGCACACGGUGCAGCACUGGGCCGGCCUCAGCGUGGACGGCCGGCUGCCCAGCGCCGACCAGCACACGGCCCUGGUGCGCUCGCCCAACGUUACAAUGAGCGUCACCGACCGGAGCGGCAACGACAUCAGCACGGCGCAGGUCGGUGAUCCGCUGGCGCUGCAGUUUGCCAUCGUCGACCAAAACUCGCCCUACGAGAUCCUGGUGCGCUCGCUGCUGGCCCAGGACGGCGUCGACUCGGCAGAGAUCGUGCUGAUCGACGAGCGCGGCUGUCCCACGGACCCGUCCAUCAUGGGCGCCGUGGCGCAGGUGGCCGGCUCCGGCCAGCUGCUCACCGUCCCCUUCGACGCCUUCAAGUUCCCCAGCUCUGACCUAGUGCAGUUCAAGGCUCUGGUGACGCCCUGCGUGCCGCGCUGCCGGCCGGUCAGCUGUGACCGGCGCGGCGCCAGCGGCCCACCGCGCCAGGCCAUCUCGCACGGCAGACGACGCCGGGCUGUCGGCGGCCGCCACGACGACGUGCUCGUCGUCCAAAAGAUCCGCAUCGCCGACACGUUCGAGUUCCCGGCGGAGUCGGAGCUGGCCGGUGCGGGUGGCGGUGCCCGGCGGCCGGCCGACUCGCGGCUGCACGUCACCGGUCCGGCGCUGGCGGCGGCCGCCUUCCUGGCGGCGCAGCUGUGCGUGCUGCUCGGCUGGCUCUACCUGCGGCGCCGAGACGCCGGCCGCGCCAAGGUGCAGUACUACGUCAACUCCUCGGCCGCUCAGCGCCAGCCGCCGACGCCGCGGCUCCGGUGAGCGCCAGCCGCCGACGCCGCGGCUCCGCUGAGCGCCGCCGCCGUGUCACAGAUCACCACCGCGCAGCGCGUCACCGUUGGUCGCGCCGCGUCACUCUGCCCGAUGGUGCGCCAGUCUGACGCCAACAUUCGAAGCGGGCACACGCUUAUUGUGAACAGUAGACAGAGGCUUGUCUAGGGGGUCGUCGGCGACCUUCCCGUACGGAUGAACGGGUGGAGACGUGAGGCUAGGUGUCGAUGAU